UUGUGUUUAAGAUGAUGUUGCAUAGCUGAAGCGGGACAGCAGAGUUAUAUUUACUUCUUAAGCAGCUGUAUUAAUGAGCAAGUUGUUUGUUUCUAUGUGAUUUUAGAUUUUAAGUAUCUUUUAAGAAAAAAAAAAAAGUCCAACCGCUUGUCCCACUGACUCCAAGUUCCAACGUUUAAACAUGAAGGAAGAGAUUGCAGCAACAGUGUUUUUCAUUGCAAGAUUAGCAAAGAAACAAGGUAAACUGGAUCAUGUUAGGAGGGAGAAAUUUGCUGUGAAACUAACAUCAGUGCUCUUUGAAAAUUAUAAAAAUCACUGGUACCCAGAAAACCCAACCAAAGGACAAGCUUUUAGGUGUUUAAGGAUGAACAAGACUCAAAUGAGAGACCCAGUUAUUGAGCAUGCAUGUCGGCAGAGUGACAUUGUUUAUGAGCAUCUUGGAUUACCAAAGGAAAUGACCAUUUGGGUUGAUCCGGGAGAGGUGUCAUGCCGGUAUGGUGAAAAGUCAACGCCAUUUUGUGUUACUCAGUUGGAGGGUCAAAAGAGAGAUGGGGAGUUCUCUCGUAGGAUAAAUAAUGCAGUGGAAAGAGCUUCAUCGGACUACCACUCUGGGACCUCCUCUGAUGAGGAGGGAGGAAACACCAGCAUGAGCAGCAGCGUGAGUAGCAGUGUGAGUAGCAGCAACAGCAGCAGUCUUUCCGUUCCAGAGCCUAAAUGCAUCCCAACGGUUUCCAACCCAAACAGUGUCUACCAGUUCAGUGAGUUCGGGCAGCCCCCACCUAUGCAGAACUGGGGCACAUACCCUAAAAGAAAGCCGUAUGCCUCUGAGGGCUACCAACAGAAUUCCUCAGGUGGACCAUACCCACCUCAUAAGAGUUUCAAGGGUUACAGGCCCUCCUACGCCUUUUCUGGUCCAAGGGUGGACCGAUAUCACUGGGUCAGCAAGAACCGCUCCUAGAUUAAUUUUUUUUUAAAGCCAGUGUGUUUUGCUGAAUCGCUAUGCAGGCGUGUGUGUGUGUGGUCUAGAAUAUAACUUAACUUCUAUGUAAGACCUUUAACCAAUUAUUUAUGGAGUCAUGUGGCAAUGCCAUGAAUGCACUU